CCGGCUGAAUCUUGAUCUUCAGCAAAUCUCCAGUCAACAACAACCUCCCGCGUCCCCGCCCACCACGAGCCCUUGCGUGGCACUGAAUCGCUCGCCCGCUAUCCACGCAUCUCUUCUUUUCUCAAUGAGAGGCUGUCAGAGAACCUUCCAAGAGUUCUAAACGGCCAGCCUCAGCAAGCAGCACGCGCCGCCGCCUCUUCCACUUUUGAAGUCUUCCCGCUCGUCAAAGCUGUGCAGCUAUCAUGCCUGUCGUCAAGGGUGGCGUUUGGACCAAUAUUGAGGAUGAGGUUCUCAAAGCUGCCGUUUCCAAAUAUGGUCUAAACCAGUGGGCGCGUGUAUCCUCUCUGCUUGCGCGAAAGACGCCCAAGCAGUGCAAGGCAAGAUGGCAAGAAUGGCUGGACCCAAGCAUUAAAAAGGUGGAGUUCACCAAGGAGGAAGAUGAAAAGCUGCUCCACCUGGCGAAGUUGAUGCCCACGCAAUGGCGAACCAUCGCUCCUCUUGUCGGCCGAACUGCCAACCAAUGUAUCGAACGCUACCAGAAACUCCUGGAUGAGGCAGAGCAGAGGGAGGCCUCGGAGCUUAGCUUGACAGGAGGCGAUGAGACCUCCGCACCGACGGCCGAUGACGUUAGAAAGCUGCGACCAGGCGAGGUCGACCCUGACCCAGAAACGAAGCCUGCGCGGCCGGACACUAUCGACCUCGAUGAAGACGAAAAAGAGAUGCUCAGCGAGGCACGAGCUCGCUUGGCCAACACACAGGGAAAGAAGGCGAAGCGAAAGGCCCGAGAGCGACAGCAGGAGGAGUCCAGACGACUCGCUGCUCUGCAGAAGCGACGCGAGUUGAAGACAGCCGGUAUCAACAUUAAGGUCACUACGCGAAAGAAGGGCCAGAUGGACUACAAUGCCGACAUCCCUUUUGAAAAGAAAGCAGCGCCGGGGUUUUACGACACGAACGAGGAGCUUGCGCUGAACGAGAGGCAGCGAGCAAACUUUGAUCCCAGGAAGCAACAGCUGGCACAGGCGAAGAGGAAGCAGGAUGAAGAGGACGAAGCUGGGCGCAAGAGGAGGAAGGCGGACAAGGACGCCCCUUCGGCGUCGUACCGGGAGGCGCUCAAGGCCGGCCAAGCGCAGCGCCUCAGGGAAGCAGAACAGAGCAGUAAGAGAAGAGCCCUCCAUUUGCCAGCCCCGCAAGUUGGUGAAGGGGAGCUGGAGGACAUUGUGAAGAUGGGCAUGAUUGGCGAGCGUGCAAACACCAUGGCCGAGGGCGACGGUGAUGCCACACGAGGACUUGUCAACUCGUACUCUGCGCUCAACACAGGAGCACCGAUCCGAACGCCGAAAGCUCCUGCUCACGAAGACCACAUCGCCAACGAGAUCAGGAACAUCCGGGCGUUGACCGAGACACAGUCUUCUCUCCUUGGUGGCGAGAACACGCCGCUGCACGAAGGUGCUGGCUCAACAGGCUUCGAGUCUGCCGCUCCAAGGAUGCAGAAUAUUGUCACCCCCAACCCGCUUGCGACGCCUCUCAGGUCAGGUGCAAAUGGCGUCGGUGCUACACCUCUACGUCCAGGACAGACACCGCUGCGGACACCACGUGAUAGCUUUGCCCUCAACAGUCAGAGCAACGACAUGGUCCUGAGGCACAGACUUCAACAAGGCCUGGCAUCUCUUCCAAAACCCAAACAACAAUCAUGGGAGCUCGAGCUGCCAGAGGAACAGCAAGAGGCGACGGUGACCGAGAAUGGGCUGCCGGAGGAUGCCGCCGAACGUGACCGCAGGGAACGGGAAUUCCGUGAAGCGCAGGAACUCCUUGAGAGGAAAAGGCGCACGCAGGUCAUGCAGCGAGGGCUCCCACGGCCCCUCUCCGUCAAUCUAGCAGCACUUUCGCGAGCUGCCGAUGAGCUUGAGGAUCCCGCGGAGAAAGCUAUUGCGCGUGAAGCAGCACUACUCAUGGCUAACGACGCUGCUAAAUAUCCUCUUGCUGGUGGUCCCCGCAGCGGAGAGGCUCCCAGCCUGGCCCAGAUUGACGAUGAUGCACUAGCGGAAGCGAGACGCCAAAUUCUGAUGGACAUCAAGGACAAGCCGAAGCCUGAGGAAGUAGAGACUGCAUGGGCCAAGAGCAACAACAACUCUCUCCUUCUGGGUCUGGGAUGCUAUGAUGAUAAUGAACAGGACGAGUUGGAGGCCAUGAAAGUGGCUGCUGAGGAAAUCCAAGACACUAUGAUCGCAUCCGCGGAAAAAGGAUCCAAGCUGGAGAAGAAGCUGAACUUGCACCUGGGCGGCUACAAGCAGCGCGCUGAGACACUGCGAAAGAAGAUUGGCGAGACGGCGACAGACUUGGAGAAGGCAACCAAUGCACUCCACGCCUUCGAGAUCCUGGCUUCUUCAGAGGAGGUGGCGGUCAGCAACAGGCUGGCUGCUCUGCGUGACGAGGUCAGCUUUGUGAGCAGGAGGGAGAGAGUAGCGCAGGAGGCAUAUAGGCGGAACCAGGAAGAGCUCAGUGCUCUGAGGGCCGACGGCGCGAAUGGGUUUUGAUCAAAAGCAUAUUGCAGACAGGG